AGGGAAAUAUUCUGUCCAGGAAGCACCACUGACUCAGGACCAUGGCACCCCGGGUUGCAAGCCUAGCCACCUGUAGUGUUCCGUGGAUGUUGGAAAUGAGACGGGUGGGGUUGUCCUGGCAGAGAUGUCACUCUAGUCUGGGGAGUGGCUUGGUGGUUGUCCAUGAUAUCUGGGUGGCUGCCCACCAUCCUGAGAGGCAUGUUCCCUGGAAGGAGCUCCAGGGAGAGGAAUCCAAGGCCACAACCAUUUCCAGCCCCCUGUCUGCUUGUUUGAAAGGGGCCAGCUCUGUCCAGUCCACUGUUGUGUCUGCCCACCUUCCACCCUGGGACUCCAGAGGUUCCUUGGUUCUGGCCAGGUUCCCCCAGGGGUUCCAGGCUGCCUCCCCAGUCAUUUCGGGUGGUCAACACUGCAACCCAAUCCUGGGCAUCCUGUAGAGCCACUACCACACUAGGCUUCUGAUUGUACUAGGUGGCUGGGAAGUGGGUUCCUGAGGUGUUGAAGGCUUGGUUGCAGGGGUGUGGGGUGUUAUUGGGGGGGGUGGUUAUUGCCCAUCCACGAGGCCAGACUCUUCCUGCCUUGUCAGUGUCCCAUCCCUCACCUGCCGCCCCCAACAUCCGGCCAAGGUCAGGCUAGGUGUUCAUGCUGGAGGGACCUGUCUGGGGGGGGGGCGGGGCAGGCGGUCAAACAGGUCUGGUGGGUUCCUUGGGAACCUGGGAUCCGGAGGGAGUGGUACCAAGGCAGCACCCUCCCGCAGGGAGGGGCGCCUAGUAUGCAGUUGCCGGUAGGCAGAGGACUGGGGUCAGAAUUGGAAGGGACGUGCCAGCCAAAGGGAGGAGGCAUCAACAGGCCUCGUCCGGAUGCCCUGCCCUCGGCCACCCUGGCUCCGCCGCCCCCGGGCCGCUCAAGGCUCAGGCCCCUGCUCCCCGGGCUCGCUCUCUGUGCCACGCUCCCCGGGCAGGGGGGAGGGUGAAGACGACGGCGAGGAGGAGGAGGAGGAGGAAGAAGGGGACGGCAGCCCGGGCUCGGGCCCCAUCCUGUCCCCCGCGUCUCCCGUGGAGUGCCUCAUUUGCGUGUCCCCCUUCAACGGCGAGUUCAAGCUGCCCAAGCGCCUGGACUGUGGCCACGUCUUCUGCCUCGAGUGCCUGGCCCGCUUGUCCCUGGCCACGGCGGGCGGCGGGGACGCGGUGGCGUGCCCCGUGUGCCGAGCGCCCACGCGCCUGGCCCCGCGCCGCGGGCUGCCCGCUCUGCCCACGCAGCCUGGCCUGCUGCCCCGCGAGGCGCGCGCGCCGACCCCGCGCCGGGGCUCCGUGCGCUUCGACCGCCGCCGCGGCCUCCUCUACCUGCGGCCGCCGCCGCCCCCGCCCGGGCCGCGCAAGUCCCGCGCCGCCCGCCCGCCGCCGCCGCUGCCGCCGCCGCUGCGCCUCGGCCGCCCGCUGUCCCGCCGCCUCUCUCUGAGCAGCCCGGCCUGGGCCUUCAACGCGGCCGUGGCGCUGGCCGUGCUGGUGGCCGCGGGCCUGGUGGUGUCGGGCGUCUACAUCUUCUUCCUCAUCCCGCACGCCGCCUCCUCCGGCCCCGCGCGGCCCCAGCUGGUGGCGCUCGCCCCCGCGCCUGCCUUCUCUUGGUUCCCGCCGCGGCCCGCGCCCGGGGCGCCCUGGACCCCCGCCUGGACGCCGCACCCCACGGGCCGUGACCUGGACCCUGCCCUGCCGGAGGCUGCGGAGGAUGCGCCGCAGCCCGAAGGGGGCUCCGAGGACACGGCGGAGGGCGAGGGGACGCCGGCCAGGGCCCCGAGCCGCACGUGGAGGGCAGGGGCUGGGCCCGGCUGGGCCCCGCGGGGACGGGGCGCGAGGAGGGUGUGGGGGCCGCAGUGAACGCAUCUGUGCUCCGGGUCCUAUCUUCAGGCCUGGGGACCUCCGUGUCACUCUGGUGGGGCCCUGCCAGGACCCCUUGCCAUGAUUCUCGUGGAGGCCUUGGUAAGGCGCAUCCCUUACCCAUCGCCCACUUCUGCAGAAGGAGGCCUGGUGGGAUCAUUCCAGGCAUCAUCACCACAAAGCAGGGACCCUCUCAAGGACUACCCCCUGCCUUCAUUCCCACAAGGGGCCCUCAGAGAGCACCCAUGACCCCAAUCCCUGUGGGCAUCCGGCAGCUGAGGCUUAUAAAGAUCCCCAUCUUUAUAAAGGUCCUGCUGGGAGCCACUCCUAAGCCUGGUCUCCAUUAGGAUCCAGUGGGAAGUACCCUUGAUCCUCAUCCCUCGUGGCAGUCCACCUGGAGAGCCCCUCUGACCAGUAUGGUGCAGGUACCCUGCUAGGGACACCAUCAGCCCUGAUCACAGGGCUCGGCUAAGUGUACCCCCAGUCAUCAGACCCCUGGGGGAGCACCCUCAGCAAGCAGCUGGGGCUGAGGGCUCUGAUUUACCCACCCUUCGGACUCACUGGAGGUUGCUGGGGCCCCCCCAUCUUUGGAGGCAAAGCUGCUGCUGCUGUUAGUCUCUGGCCAUGGUCUGGCCCAGCCCAUUGUAGUCCUCCCCCUCCCCCCUCCCCCCUCCUCCCUCCCCCCUCCUCCCUUCCCCACCAAUCCCUACGGAGGCUGUGGAGUUUUCCACUCUGCUGCUUACAGGCUGGGUCUGGGUGGCAUCCAGCUGUUUCCAUGCUGGUCCUUUGUUGCCUCUCUGUAGACAUAGCUGGGACUUGAGCUUGGAAGGGCAGCAGUGGCCUGGCCAGGAUUUAGGAGGGACAGAUAGACCCUGAGCCUCAAAGACAAGCUCCCACUUGGUCCUGAGUACCAAUUUGCAAUGGGAGCCUCCACAACUCCAAUGGGUCAUGGCUUCUGGGACCCUCCUGAAAUGCUCUAGGGGCAGCUCUGGUCACCUAGGCUUAAAGAGGCUAAGGUUGCCCUCUAGGUCAAUGUCACAUGAUUUUGGGGGUGGGUGUUCCUGGAUCUCCCUGGCCUGCUGGCAGGUAUCCUGGCCACCUUAGGUUCUAGAACCUCCAUCACCCCCAUCUGCACUCAGUUAUUGCACCUCUUCCUCCAGGGCUCUAUCAACCUUUUUUGGCAUCCUUGCCAUUCCCCUAGGUGAAGCUUCAGCCCUCCCUGUGGACGGCAGCCUGCAGGGUUCCUGUCCUCCUCCUCUCAGAAGCCUUCCCUGCUAAUGUCACUGCAGGGUAGAUGGCAGCCGCCUGCUACACAAACUGAACACGGGCCUUCUGUUCCCCCCAGGUCCUGGAGCCCACAUCCUGUCUCACUUUGCCCAGGGUUGGGGUUCUGUGUUUUGUGGGUGGGAAUCCAGCAUUUUCCAGAGAGCAAUAUGACUGCUAUGGGGCUGGAGGCUCCUGUUUGGCUUGUUUACAUCUGUGUCCUCAGUGCCUGGCAUACAGAGGGGGGUCAAACAGUAUCCUGGGGAGGGACAGCAUUGCAGGUGACAAAGAGGCAGCCCAGGAAUGCCUAUGGGCACUCCAGGCCCAAUUGUCUCCCAGUCACCCCGAUCUAGGCAUGUCGGCAGAGCUCCUUUUGAUACAAGCUGCUCCUUCCAGGUGGAAAGCCAGAGGGGGAACAUCAGGACAUUGAAGGGAGUGUCUUCCCAGACCGGUUCUUGUUGCACACCCAGGUGUCAGCGUCACCCACAGGGGCUGGGGGCAGUGUGCUGGGUCACAGGGCAGUCAUAGCCCAGCCCACUCAGGGAAGGAGGGGACUUGGUCAGGCAGGAACAGGUUGGUGGUCUGUAUUAGUUUUCUCUGGCUGCUGCAACAAAUUACCACCAGCUGAGUUCCUUAGAACAACACACAUUAAGUAUCUUAUAGUUCUGCAGGCCUGGAGUCUUGAAAUCAAUUUUGCCUGGAUAAAAUCAAGUGUCCUCAGGGCUAACUUC